AUGCAAGGAAAAGGCUGCCUGGAUCUAUUAGAGCACCGGGGUUCUUUCAAAAUACUCUUAACUUUUGGGACACUCAGUAAAGAUAGGAUAGCAUAUAAGAACAUUUUGAAAAAGCAAAAGAUAGGCUUGGGAAGACAGUUGUGGCAAGACUUGGCUCAAGAAGCAGCUGACUGGAGGGAGGACAAAUUUUGGGAAUUGGUGUCCUGUGGAAUGAAAUAUGUGAAAUUAACACAUGAUACCAUAAUCCCAGCCUGGAAAGGGUUGAAUACUACAGCAAGCUUUUUAGCGAUCAUUCAAGGCUCCCAAAUAAGGCCGGUAUGA